CCUCCCGGACGUUCUGACCACGCCCCCUCUGCUCUUGGCUUCCGGGUCGGAAGCCUCACGCACGGCCCCUGGGCCGGAAAGUGAGGCCAGCGGGGAGCGAGGCCCAGCGCCCGGGAUGCUGGAGGAGCCGCAGGGGCUGCCAGGGGCCCGGCAGGGGGCAGAGGAGGAAGGAAGCCCCCCAGGGGCCAGGCAGGGGGCGGAUGAGGAUGGAAGCCCCCUGGGGACCAGGCAGGGGGCGGGCGAGGAGGGGAUCCCCCCUCCUGGCGCCCCCGACCCCCCCCAGGGGAAGAAGAUCGUGCCGGGCAUCGUGUACCUAGGGCACAUCCCACCCCGCUUCCGGCCCCGGCAUGUCCGAAACCUGCUCAGCGUCCAUGGGGAGGUCGGGCGCAUCUUCCUGCAGCCCGAGGAGCGGUUCAUCCGGCAGAGGAAGAAGAAAGCUGGCGCCAAGGCCAAGAACUACACGGAGGGCUGGGUGGAGUUCAGGGACAAGCGCGUGGCGAAGCUCGUGGCUGCCAGUCUGCACAACACACCCAUGGGCACCCGCCGGCGCAGCCGCUUCCACUAUGACCUGUGGAACAUCAAGUACCUGCACCGGUUCAAGUGGCCGCACCUGAGCGAGCGGCUGGCCUACGAGCGGCAGGUCCGGCAGCAGCGCCUGCGGGCCGAGAUCUCCCAGGCCAAGCGUGAGACCAGCUUCUACCUGCGUAGCGUGGAGACCAGCCAGCGCUUCGCCCGCCGGGCCGCCACCGCCCCUGCCGGAGGGGAGGAGAAGAGCUGGGGCUUUGUCCAGCGCCCCACGGAGGAGGAGAUCCAGAGGCGCAAGGCAGGCGCAGGCGGGUGCCGACUCCGUGGGCAGCUGGCCAAGGCCCGGGAGAUCCAGCUGAAAUCCCAGACCAGCCGCUCCUUGCUGGCCAAAAUCUUCAACACCGCAGACACUGCCUUGGAGGAGACACCAGGGGGCCCAGAUCUGUAGUGAGAACCCCAGUCCCGGUGGCAGGGCUCUGAAGACCAAUUGUUGCCUCGAUUGACCCCCAGCGUCUUGACUCAGCACCGUCCCUUCUGCCCUGCUGCAGCCGCGCUCAGCCGCUGGUUUCCCGUGGAGCCGCUCGGACCGUCAGGCUGGGCUUGAUCUUGGCACCUUGUCUGUCCUGAAGACGAGACAGUGACUUGCAAACGAAAAGCUCCUUUGUAGCCCGCGGAGCCGGCCUGGUCGCCCGGUGCCCCGGCCCCCUCGGACUCCAUCCCCGUGCGUUUGAUACCAGCUGUUACCCGAGGGCUCGCCGGUCCCUCUCGCUGAGUGUGAUUAAAAAACCUGAGUGACUGAAAA